AUGAAGUUUUCCGGCUUCCGUCUCGGUCUGCUGGCUCUCGUUGUAUUUACCUCCUCAAUCUGCUCCGCUGUGGACAUCACGACCUGGGACGAUCUUCCUGAGUGCGCUGUUGGCUGCUUCGGGUUCGCUACUUCAGAUACAUCUACUCCGUUCUCAUGCAAGCCAAGCAACAUCACCUGCGCUUGUAACUUCGAAGGCUGGAGGAUCGACCUGACCGCUUGUGUCGCCAACGGUGUCCCGGAGAAACAUGUGGACGGUUGUGUUGCAGAGAGUGUCGAGACGAGGAAGGCCAUCAUAGACUACACCCAGGAUAUCUUCUGCCCCACUCGCAACGAGACUCAAGAUCCGACAGCCACCCUUCCUGACAGCGACUGGGCCUACACCAUUACCGCCAAUACUCCCAAUACGUCGAUGACACCAAACUUCCCUCUCCCAACCGCCAAUGCAACUGCUGGACCUGCCGCCGCUACGGAGUCACCGCCUACCACCAGCACUCAGGUGGUCACUGUUGCUGGAACAGGUGGAUUCGUGCAGAGUACCGGCACCUCGAACGCUAGCAUCAAUGCUGCCUACGCAGCCUCGAGCGUGCCGAUGGCGUACCAGGAGAGUUCCUUUGCGGUGCUGGUCUUCCUAGCAGCCGUUGUUACCUUGUUUGGUUGA